AUGGCUCCUCCUGCUGAAAUUAAAAGAAAAUUAGUCAUCGUCGGUGACGGUGCUUGUGGUAAAACUUGUUUAUUAAUUGUAUUCUCGGAGGGUGCUUUUCCUGAAGUCUAUGUUCCAACUGUCUUUGAAAACUAUGUUGCUGAUUUAACAGUUGACGGUAGAAAAAUAGAAUUAGAAUUAUGGGAUACCGCUGGUCAAGAAGAUUAUGAUAGAUUAAGACCUUUAUCAUAUCCUGAUUCAAACGUCAUCCUAAUCUGUUAUUCCAUCGAUUUACCUGAUUCAUUAGACAACGUUCAAGAAAAAUGGGUUCCUGAAGUCUCUCAUUAUGCUCCAAGUGUCCCAAUAGUUCUUGUUGGUUGCAAAUGCGACUUAAGAAAUGAUCCAAAGACUAUACAAAGAUUGAAAAAAAUCUUUAAUCAAUCUCCAAUAUCAAAACAAACUGGUCAAUCUGUAGCCAACGCUAUUGGUGCCAAAGAUUUUGUCGAAUGUUCUGCCAAAACUGGCGAGAAUGUUCACUACGUUUUUGAAACUGCUACUAGAGCUGCUUUAGCUUCCAACUCCCCAAAAACCUUCCAUAAUUCGUCUAGUCGUCGUCAUAGAUGUAUCGUUUUAUAA